GGCCGCCGUCUUCGGCAACACACCGCCUGGCUUGAGACUCACUUCAGCCGCCUCAUCAUGCUUAUUGCAUACGGGCGAGCCUAUCGCCCCAUUCUGGAUCGGGCAUUGACUGAUCGCCAGACUCCUGCACUUCGCUCCCUGUGAGAUCGCUUCUCCAAUUUCAUCACCUUGAGCCAUAAUCCUACAAGCUCGCUUAUACGCCCUGCGAAACUGAAUUUACAGCGAAGACAACAUGGCUGCAUCCUUAUUCGCUGCACCAUUCCACUUCCUGCGCAAGUUGGUGCCGGCGAGGACUUCAUCUUCAGACUCCCCCGAAGCAGGCGUGCCUACGACGGGCGAAGCACAAGGUGAAUUCUCGGGCUAUGUUGAAGAAGGUCUCGACACUACAAGAGAUGUUCAAAUGUCAGGCAAGCCACUCAAUGAGCCCAGCAAGGCCAACAAGAAGCGGAAAGCAGCCGAUUUCGAAAUUGAUGAGCCAGCGGCGAAGCGACUCCUAACAAAAAGCGGGUCGAGCAGCUUCCCUCGUGUAGAAGAGGAGGAUCGCGACUCCGUCGUCUUGAGUCUUGGAAGCACAAAAGUCGACGUCGACCGAGCCUUAAUGCCACCUCCUCAGACUCCCGCACGGCACAAGAGCAAGAUACCGCAAAACCCGUUGAUUACAUCGAUUGCGCCACAGAUCAGGCCCACAGUCCACGACGAAGAAGAUGUCGUAUCUCUCACGUCAACCUCAGUUGCAAGGAGAAAAACUGAGGACAUAGAUGAGAAUGUUAUGGAAGAAAGAAGAAAAUAUAUCGCCAGUGUUCGACUGCCCCCAAAUUCGGGUGUCUGGUCGCAGACCGAGAGGGACCUUUUCUUUCAUCUUGCUUACCGAGGCUUCGAACCGCUUCUUCCUCAGAGUUGGAUGCUGGAUUUUGGAACCCUCCCAAUAAGCGUCUUCGCCCACGAAAAUACGACAGACCCGCCACUUGUCCACAAUGUCAGAGACAAAGAAUUCCGAGCAGCUCGCGCCCUCCGUCAGCUAUUUGAAGCUGGUCACGACACACGAGAUAGGGUGUACGUGAGUCCUGGUGUUCAGCGCGAGAAGAUCCUUGAACGCUCAGUGAAGAAAUAUCUGUACUGGGCUCUGACAGACGUUGGCCUUCGACCGAAGUCGGACGCCAAUUAUAUUCCUGUGCACUCCCUCAUCAGAAGACGCAGAGGUCGAACUACGCUUCAGACUCUUGAAGAUACUGCUAAGAAACUACAACGGCUCACGGACAGACAUCAUCAAGCACGAAACGUCCAGCCAAGCAUUGAGAUCGGUACUCUCAGCCUAGCUGGGCCCGAUGAGACACGAACUAUUGAGGAUGACGACACAUUGCCUACCCUUGUUGGCUUGGUCAUCAUUUCAUCCGUCAUUGUCGUCGUCACGUUGAGUCCGUUUACUCAGCCCGCCACACCAUACUCACCUCGACUUCGCCAGACAGUCUCACCCCCAAACUCCGAUCACGAAGCUCAACAGCUUGCCAGCCAAGGCACUGACAUCACCGACCGAUUGCGUAUUAUUGCGGAGUUUGACUUCAGCCAGCAGGAUCAAGAUGUCUGGAAUGCCCUUGGCAUUGCUAUCGUAGCCAUGCAGAUCCGCAAGGAGGCUCUCAGAGCGAAUGUUUCUUUCUCUUACGAAGAUGCCGAGAUGCUUGGAUCGGAAGUCGGGUCAAUAGCAGGCUCGAGAAUGUCGGUUGACCUGGAGAGCAUGUGUGAAGACUCGUCGAGAUUGGAGCUGGACGAUGAUCCCGAUCUUUGAUCUUGGGCGGCUGGGAAUUGGCGUAGGAGGUAGGGGGAGUUGAUGAAGGGCCACCUUGUUGAGUUCUAGAGGAACAAGGACAAAUGCUGCUGGCUAGCAGAUGUUCGAUUGACUUCGUUUGCAAGGAAAUGGGUCCACCCAGACGAGACCGAUAUCGAGUUGGAAGACUGUAAGGCCGACAGAAGGACAAAUUGCACACCGAGGAUGGCACGGAAGAAGAAUUGGAUUAAUGACCGAGUGAUUUCGUUUGUUUAACAUUAAAGCCCACAGAUACCCAAUACAGUAAAUGCUACUUCA